AGCUGAAGACGUGAUCCAAUAAGAUCUGGGGCCGAAGGCAGGACCAGAGCCAAUGAGAAUUCGUAAUAGCCUAUCCAAUCAGCUUCUCUCUGGUAUGCUUUAUAUACGCAUCGUGGCACCAUAAACGCGUGUAUUUAGUAAAGAAGUAUUUGAAUAAGACGCAAUGGCUCGAACCAAGCAGACCGCGCGUAAGUCUACCGGUGGCAAAGCCCCCAGGAAGCAGCUCGCCACUAAAGCAGCGCGGAAGAGCGCGCCUGCGACUGGCGGAGUGAAGAAGCCUCACCGUUACAGGCCUGGCACUGUAGCUCUGCGAGAAAUCCGCCGCUAUCAGAAGUCUACUGAGCUGUUGAUCCGCAAGUUGCCUUUCCAGCGCCUUGUGAGGGAGAUUGCUCAGGAUUUCAAGACCGAUCUGCGCUUCCAAAGCUCAGCUGUAAUGGCUUUACAGGAGGCUAGUGAGGCUUAUCUGGUUGGUCUGUUCGAGGACACCAAUUUGUGUGCCAUUCAUGCCAAGAGAGUGACCAUCAUGCCGAAGGAUAUCCAGCUGGCUCGCCGCAUCCGUGGAGAGCGCGCUUAAAUGGUUUGCAUGCCCAUAAUCCAAACAAAGGCUCUUUUAAGAGCCACU